GAGAGAGAGAGAGAGAGAUUACACGUUGAUGCAUAAAUAAUCCUUUCUGGGUCUUGCUCUUGAAUCUCAGAUAGAGAGUGAAAACUCAUUGCCCAGUUUAGAGAGAGAGAGAGAGAGAGAGAGAGAGAGAGAGAGAGAGAGAGAGAGAGAGAGAGAGAGAGAGAGAGAGUUGUUUGCUUGCCAGAACUUGGACAUACAAGAGAAAGUUCAGUAGAUAGUAUAUGAAAUGGAAGGCGACGAUCUCAUCGCUCCGUUCGUGCUAAAGACAUACUACAUGGUGAGCGAUCCAUCCACCGAUGCCAUUAUUUCAUGGGGCCCUGGCAACAACAGCUUCGUGGUGUUCGAUCCUCUGAAUUUCUCCCAGAAACUCCUCCCCACCUAUUUCAAGCACAACAAUUUCUCCAGCUUCAUCCGUCAGCUCAACACUUAUGGUUUCCGAAAGGUUGAUCCCGACAGGUGGGAAUUCGCCAAUGAGUCAUUCCUCCGCGGCCAAAUCCAGCUUCUGAAGAACAUCACCCGUCGAAAGACUCAUCGUAAUUCUACUCCUUCCAUCCUCCCCAAGCAAGAAGAAGAUGCUGACAUGGAGAAGUCUAUACUAUCAGAACUCGCUCGGUUGAAGAACGAUCAAAGAAACUUGGAAGAGGAAAUGGAAGGUAUCAAUCGGCGUCUACAAGCAACAGAGAAGAAACCACAAAAGAUGAUGGCCUUCUUGGUGAAGGUAGCGGAAGAUCCCGACGUUCUAUCAAGGAUGAUGUUAGAGAAGGAGUCAGUGAGCGAGUUGAGAGAGAAAAAAAGGCGAUUCAAGAUAGCUUCUUCUUCUUCUUCUUCAACAAUGGAUGUAGUUACAGCGACGAAAAUGAAGAGCAAGGAGAAAAAAGAAAGUGUUUUACCACCAAUGGAGAGAGAUCUAAGCCAAAGAGAUGUGGUUAGAGACGGAGACCUCUUUACUCUUGUUACUGCAGCUUCUACAACAACUAGUACUGAUUUCUUUACAACUACAACUACUGCCGAUGCUUCUGCAAGUGCUAGUCGUGCAAUCUCCGCUUCUGAUCCGACUACCAUUGCAACUCAUCUACCGGUAAAAUCCAUUUCGGACUACUACAACAACAAUAACAAUCAAAUGGUUUUCUUGUCGAACUGGGGAAGAUCAGAAUCGAACACACAGGCUUAUCCUUUUUGGGAUGGAUUUUAGCUUCCCCGAUUCCAUCUUUUUAUUUGAUUUGCUACAAUAACGUACGUACAUAAAAAUCCCUUGUU